AGCCCAAUGUGGGGUUCCACCCCAGGACCCUGAGAUCAUGACCUGAGCCAAAGGCAGAAGCUUAACCAACUGAGCCACCCAGGAACCCCAUGUAUUUCUAGUUUCUAGAAAGCCAAAUAACAGAUGAACAAAUGGAAUAAAACCACGUGUCAUUUGGCACCGUAUCUUUUUUCCCCAACUAAAUUACAUAUUCUUCCCUCAGAGCAAAGUCUGAUUUUUAUACAUUUUGAAUCCCUCAAAGCACCUCGCCGAGUGCUGGGCACGUAGAAGACACACAAGGCCCGCGUUUGCCUUACAUUUUCAAUCUGUGCUUGACUUGGAGGGAGCAAGCCCUUCUGCGGUCGCACACUCUGGCCCGAGCGCCGAGGUGCUGUUCAUCCUCCUGCCGCACGGCGGCGCCCUGGAAAUCCCGCGCGGUGAGGUCGAGCCGCUGGAGCCGCUCUUGGCGCGGGAGGGCCGAACUCCCACAAUGCAUCUUGUAUCAACACGGCCCUGGUGGCGGCUUUGAGGAGGGGCAGGGGGCGCCCACCGGACCGGCACGCAGCACGAGGGGUAUCAGGCGGGGCCCGGGUGUUGAGGGGCGACUGGCGGCCAUGGCGGAGUCGGCGCCUGCUCGGCACAGGAGGAAACGCCGCUCCACACCUUUGACUUCCUCCACACCACCCCCACAAGCAACAGAGAAAAGCUCUUACUUGCAGACCACAGAGCUCUCACUCUGGACCGUGGUGGCUGCCAUUCAGGCAGUGGAGAAAAAGAUGGAGUCCCAGGCCGCCCGGCUACAGAGCUUGGAGGGGCGGACGGGGACGGCCGAGAAGAAGCUGGCUGACUAUGAGAAGACGGCCGUGGAGUUCGGGAACCAGCUGGAGGGCAAGUGGGCUGUGCUGGGGACCCUGCUGCAGGAGUACGGGCUGCUGCAGAGGCGACUGGAGAACAUGGAGAACCUGCUGAGAAACAGCAACUUCUGGGUCCUGAGGCUGCCCCCAGGCAGCAAUGGAGAGGUUCCCAAGGUAUCCAGGUCACUUGAAAAUGAUGGAGUCUGUUUCUCUGAGCAGGAGUGGGAAAAUCUGGAGGACUGGCAAAAGGAGCUCUACAGAAAUGUGAUGAAGAGCAACUAUGAGACUCUGGUCUCUCUGAAGGUCCUUGGCCAGACAGAAGGAGAAGCGGAAUUGGGUGCAGGGAUGCUGGGUGACUUGGAGGAGGAAGGCCCUGGUGAUGUCCACCCAGCAGAAGGGGUUAUGAUCAAGCAGGAGAUCCAGUACGCUCAGGAAGGCUCUGCAGAUCUUCCUGGAGAGUUCUCAGGCAUUGCCGAAGAGCAGGCUUUCCUGAGCCCAGAGCAUACUGAACUCUGGGAUGGUCAGGGUGGUGCUGUCCUCUUGGAUUCAGGCCCCGGGGACACUAAUCUGGAGGAUCCCAUUGAGGGCAGUAGAGACCCUAGCAGCGGCAGAACUCUGAGCUGCCCCCCAAAGCAGAAACCUAGUAGGCAGGUGCAGCUGGGUCAGGAAUGCGGGCAGGGCCUAAAGCUGAAAAGGGACUCUUCUGGCCCCUAUGGAUGUUCCGAGUGCGAGAUCAGCUUCCACUAUAAGCAGCAGCUAGCUACACAUCUGCAGACCCACUCAGGGUGGGGGACUUACACAGCCUCGGAGCCAGAGGAGAGCCUUAGACCCAGGCCACAACUUAAGCCCCAGUCCAAGAGGGCAAAGAUGCAUCAGUGUGAUGUGUGCAUGAGGAGCUUCAGCUGCAGGGUGAGCCUGGUAACCCACCAGCGCUGCCACUUGCAGGAGGGGCCCAGUGCUGGCCACUGUGUCCAGGAGAGGUUCUCGCCCAACAGCCUGGUUGCCCUGCCUGGCCACAUCCCUUGGAGGAAAAGCCGGAGUUCCCUCAUCUGUGGUUACUGUGGCAAGAGCUUCAGCCAUCCAUCUGAUCUGGUGCGGCACCAGCGCAUCCACACGGGCGAACGGCCCUACAGCUGCUCAGAGUGUGAGAAGAGCUUUGUCCAGAAGCAGCACCUUCUGCAGCACCAGAAGAUCCAUCAGCGGGAGCGGGGCCUGGCCCUGGAGCCUGGAAGGCCCAAUGGCCUGCUUUAAGGGUGCCAGCCCCUUGUCCGUCUGGGGGGGGCAGUAGGGGCUGGCAUUGGUCCCCCCGAACAGACACUGUGCAGAGUCAGGGACUGACUUCUUCCUGAGGAGAGUCGCUUUGAUUUGCCUUCCCUUGGCCAAGCACCGGGCCAAGCCCAGAGGCCGUGAAAACCAUGGAAGAGGAGGAGUCCGGGGCCACUCCUCUCCCUGCUGUGGAGCUUGUUGUUUCUGGCACCUUCAAGUCUCUGGUUUUCCCCUCAGGGCUGAUAUUCAUGGGCUGGGGUUGGCUCUCUGAGCCUGCAGGGACUGGUGGCUGGUUCCAGGUCCUGUCCCAGCAUUUUAGGUCUUCCCAUGAGGUUGGGCCGGCCAGGGGAGUGAGCAGGUCUGUGGAGGAGUUCUGGGACUCAUAACCUGCUCUUUCCUCUUUUGUAGUCUCUGUUAAAAACAAGUCGAAGAAAUAAUUUAAAUGAUUGCUUACCCUGUUCUGAGGAAACUUUUUUGGAAUUAGAUUUUAGUUGACUUAAAAAAA